CAGUGAGUUAGUGAGCAGCUGAUGAAGAUGAAGGUCUGAAGACUUGGUGCUGACUCCUCCACCUUUCAGACCCACACCUGGCUGCUCCACUAUGGUUGCUGCUGCCUGGUCCCCCUGCCUCCCCCGGCUUGCUGCCAGGACACUCAGACAUGGACCCUGGAUCAAGAGGAACCUGAAUGUCCAGGCUGUAAAGCUAAGGAGCCUGGAGGAUCUGCCAGGACCCAGCUGGUCCACCACCCUGUACUGGAUAUUUGCCAAAGGGUACUCAGAGAAAAAGCACCUACUGCAGUGUUUACAGAAGAGUCUUUAUGGACCCAUCUGGCGGUCCCGGUUUGGACCCUUUGAUCUGGUCAACGUGGCAUCUCCAGAACUCAUUGCUCAGGUGAUCCAGCAAGAGGGCCAGUACCCAUUCCGGGUCGAGCUGCCCCACUGGAAGGAGUACAGGGACCUGAGGGGACAGGCAUAUGGCCUGCAUGUUGAGACAGGAUUGGAGUGGCACCGGAUCCGCAGCGUUCUGAACCCUAAGUUACUGAAGAUGCGGGAGGUGUUGGCCUACACCCCGGUCAUCCACCAGGUAAUUGGAGAUCUGCUGCAGCGGGUGGAGCUCCUGCGCAGCCGCAGUCCGGAUCAGGCCACGGUUCCUGAUGUGGCGGCUGAGCUUUAUAAGUUUGGGUUUGAAGGGAUCUCCGCCAUCCUGUUUGAGACCAGGCUGGGCUGCCUGCAGGACGAUGCUCCUAAAGACACUCUGCGCUUCAUCACUGCAGUUAAUGACAUGCUGACACUUUCCGAGAUUGUGGUCCUCUUACCCCGCUGGAGCCGCAGCAUUCUGCCUUUCUGGGGGCGCUUUGUUCAGGCCUGGGACCACCUGUAUGACAUGGCUCAGAAACUCAUCGACAGACGGAUGGCUUAUAUCACUGCUCAGGUGAACAGAGGUGAGCCUGCAGAGGGCUCGUUCCUGACUUACCUGCUGUCGUCUGACAGACUGAGCCAAUCAGAGGUUUACAUCACUGUGCUGGAGGUGAUGCUGGGGGGCGUUGACACGACGUCCAACACCUUGUCGUGGGCCUUGUACCACUUGGCGAGGGACCACAGGGUUCAGGAUCGCCUGUACGAUGAGGUGAGCUCUGUGUGUCCUGACAGACAGUUGCCGACCACAGACGACCUGAGCAAAAUGUCCUACCUAAAGGCCGUCAUCAAGGAAACGUUACGUCUGUAUCCGGUGGUGUUUGGAAACGGGCGCUUUGUUUCUGAGAAUGAGGUGAUUGUAAACAACUACUGGUUCCCCAAGAAGACUCAGUUCCACUUGUGUCAUUACGCUGCUUGUCACGAUGAGGCAGAGUUUGUUAACCCAGAGGACUUUGUCCCAGAGCGCUGGCUGAGCCUGGGGUCUCCCAGCAGCCACGCCGGCAGAGCCACGCCUGGUUUUUAUCAGCACCACCCGUACAGCUCCAUCCCGUUUGGCGUCGGGGUGCGGGCCUGUGUGGGGAAAAGAGUGGCAGAAAUGGAAAUGCACCUCGCUCUGUCCAGGUUGAUGCAGCACUACAAGGUGGAGCCUGAGCACGGAGCUCCAGUCGUUCAGCCUAAAACCAGAACUCUGCUCAUCCCGGGGACACCCAUCAACCUGCGUUUCCUGUCCAGAGCCUGAAGAGGGCAGCACUGAGGGUCAGAGGUCAAACCCAUCCUUCCUGUGGAGUCCUGUUAAAUUCACCUAAAACCUGAAUUGAGCUGAAGAUAAGAGUGAACUAAACUCUGCACGGUCACUUAAAUCUUUUUAAUUUUUAUUUAAAACAACAACAAAAACUUAAGAGGGAGGAGAUGAGAAACGGCACAGAGGUAAUAAAUCAGGAACUAAAUCAGACACCCAAAAGAAGACAAUGAAAAGAUUGUUUUGUUUUGAUGAAGGUAAAGAUUCACAUCAUACUUCAGAGCUUAGUCUUUGAUAAAAAACAGUUUUAUGCAACAUUUAAACAGAAUCAGUCUUUAUUUCAAUGUAAAGAGAAGAUUACUUACUAGAUUGUCCUUUUUUCAUGUACAGAGCCCUGAGACAACGUAUGUUAUGACUU